CAGCACAUUUAUUGUGGUGUUGUUGCAAAUUCUCGGAAGUGUUAACAUUUCUUUUGAAGCACCUUGUAAAAGUAAUAUGAAUUCAAUCUGAUUACCUGUUGCACCUAAAUAUAUACCAUAGCUCAGUGGGUCUCAGCUGGCAAAAAUGGAAAUAAAGAAAAUAUAUAUUUACCAUGCAUCCAAUAUUGCGCACCUCUUGGGCCACUUGGGUCAAUGUGCCUUUGCCCGGGCAUCCACCGCCGCUGACGGCGCCGCACGCACACAGCCAGCCCAGCCAGCACGCACAGCCACUGCCAAAUUGGCCCUGCGACGUCACCGCCAGCGUUGCUGCAGCAUGGGGAGGAGCGAGCAAAAAAGGAGGGUUGCCGAUGCAAGCCGCUGGUGAGAGAGGAAUUUUUUUUGUUGUCGGUAUUUUAACUUCGCGCGAAUGUGGUCUACAAGAGACAUUUAAUGCCAUUGUGUUGCCGCUGCUGCACGCGGGUUGCCGGUCGCCUCCGCAAUGCAGAUGUCCAAUUGGAGCGGGUCAGAACGUUACAACGACAAGAAACAAUACAGAAAACCCACAGGAAUGCAAAAUAUCUGAAAGCCAACCGCUCUAAUUGGAGGUGCGCUAUGGGCUUCCGGCAACAAGACAUCGAGCGCUGAGUCGGUGGUGCCACCUGGACUUCUCGCGGCUCGCCCGACGGACGCUCGAUUGCCCAGACCGCCCGUGACGACGGGGAAAGCGGACACCGCGGACCGGUUGCGCGCGCCUGCGUGCCACCCCACACAGCGGCGGCGGUAGCAGGGUGCUGGUGGCGGAGCGGCAGUCCCAGGCACCACCAUGUCCAACACGAGUGGAAGCCGGCGGACGUCUCUGAGGUCGUGUGCGCAGAGUCGCAGCGCCCUCUUCUCGGUGGUGACGCCGACCGGCUCUGGGCAGGCCACGCCGGAGCCCCUCCUGUCUCCGGGGAAGAGGGCGCCCUUCCACAGCAGCAGCGGUGGCGGCGGCGGUGCUACCGCCGCCCAACCUAAACCCUACUCGGGGACACCGUCCCAUGGCUGCACGAGCAACUUCUCCUACGGCCGGGCUGGAGAGGGCAGCCCCACACACAGGAGAUCCAAGCCAGCCGCCUCCGUGGAGGCGUCUGGGAUGAGAGCGCCCUCCGAGCCGUACCUCACGCCGCUCCAGCAGAAGGAGGUGGCCAUCAGGCACCUGCGGGCCAAGCUGAAGGACUCGCAGAGGCUCAUGCAGGAGAGGGAGGGCGAAAUGGAGGAGCUGCGCCUCAAGCUGGGCCAGAUGCAAGAGGACUGGGUGGAGGAGGAGUACCAGCGUCUGGAAGCCCAGCUGUCCCUCAAGGAGGCCAAGAAGGAGAUUAAGCAGCUCAAGUCGGUCAUCGACACGAUGAAGAACAUGCUGGUGGACAAGGAGCCUGACGGGGGCAAGGGCGUGCAGAAGUACUUUAUCGACAUUAACAUCCAAAACAAGAAGCUGGAGGCUCUGCUCAAGCGCAAGGAGGCGGCGGAGAAUGGCGUAGCCGGGGAGGGCCAGGAGGAGGGUUCGUCGCCGCCAGAGUCGGCCACCCGCAGCUCCGCGUUCACGAAGGGCUCCGAGGAUGAAGGCGAGAGCUCCGACGGCGUGGACACGGACACGGACGCCGAGGCGGAAAAGGGGACGUUGGAAAAACACGCAACCAAAGAAAAUGGCGCAACCGUGGACGCGUGCAACGACAACGUCCGCCCCGGCAUUUCGCGGGACGCGUCCAAGGAUUGCCUGAGCCUUAUGCUCAGUGACUCCAAACCGCCGACCUUGUCCAUUCACGUGCAGUCGGCCGAGGGCCUGCCAAAGACGCAGUCUCAGCACUCGCUGCUGAAGCUGAUCAUCACGAGUCCGGUGGAAGAGAACGUUCUGACUUUCUCCCAAGUGGACGUGGACAGGGUCAGGAGGAUCAGCAAGGAGGAGGGCGUGCAGACGGACGAGGUCACGGGUGAAAACGCGCCCGACCCGAGGGCGCUCAAAUCUCAGGCCUGCAGCCCGAUCCUCUCGCAGCUGCACAAAUGGUCGCAGGCGAAUGCAUCUUCCAUAGCCGAUGGCGAACGUGUAGAAGAUGAACUCAGGGAAAGCACCAUAGAGUUGUUGCAGUUUCAAUGCAAUCGAGAAAUGCAUAAGUCGCUGUCGUCCCCGACCUCGGAAGAGCGAGGCUCAUUCGACGCAAAGUCUGACUGUGGUGCUUGCUACCCCGAAACGGUGGUGCAGGUGUCUGAUAGGUCAACUGUGGAGACAACUGCUUCAGGUGCAGAUGCACGGAUGGGCCAAACCGCUGCCAGCCCAGCCGCUGCCUCUGUGGAGUGCUGCAAUUGUUUGACCUCGGAUAAUUUUCAGAGCGGCUUACAGGCCGAGCCAGUGGGCAUCAACAAUAACAACGCUGCGAUUGGCUGCUUGGUAACCAGCCAUUCUAACAGCAGCCUUCAGAGCCUUGUUGAAUUGGCUGAGGAAGCUGCCGAGGAUUGCCCGCAUGCGGAGGCACCCGAGCCCAGCUACUGGAGCGGCAGCGCCCUACUGGACACGCUGGUGCUCGCUGGGCCCAUCCUGCCCACGGUCGCCUGGUUCCUCCGGCGGCCCGGAGGCACGGCGGCCGGGGCCGCCGGCGCCGAGGCUGGCGCGGCCGUCGGGGUGGCCGUGGGGCGGCCCUUCUACGGCCUGCCCACCCUGCUGCGCGGCUGCUGCCUGCUGGCGCUGCGCUCCCUGCGCUCCAUGCCCAACGCCGUCAUUGCGCCCAUAUGCCUCUGCACAAGGCCCCAGAUCCAACAACCAGACCCAAACAAUGGGGAGGAAGAGGAGCAUGGGUUGAUGUAGAUGACCGCCGGCUUGCUAUGCGUGAGGAAUGACGUUGGAUGGCCACGACGAGGGUUGCCACCCCCGAUCCUGUUUUUUUUUCCCCAAGAUAGUCCUCUUUUUUGACAUCGCUGUCUUGAGAUUUCCAUAUGUCUUCUUGAGACAUGAAGUCCAGCUUUUUGUUGGUUAUGAUAACACGCCCGGGUCUUAAUUUCCCAUGGAAUAUUUUCUAGGGCCCACCAGAGGGAGGAAAUAGUUUGCAAAGUUCGGCCCCAGAUAACUUUGGCUGAUAUAAUUCCCUGAAUGCACCACUCGAGACAAUGCAUUUACCCAUAAUUCUCCCAUCUUACUAUAACGUGAGAUAUUCCCCUUCCCAUGAUGAGUACUGGUUUUUGAAUCACAGAGGUGGCAAUCCUCGUGGCUACUACUGAAGAGGUGUCAUGGCCAAUCUGUCUACCCACCCGAUAUGAAUUUGCUUGCACUCAUGUUUCGUGGAAAAUAACAACGAUAAAUCAUGGUACAGUCAUAUCUCGAUUAUCCGGGAUUUGUGUUUGUAUCACAGUUUAACACCUAGGCUUCCGCGACCUAUAUCAUCCAUAACAUAGCUUUUUGGGGGUUAGAUUGCGUAAAAAUGAAUGUGUCGUUAAACAAUUGUAAAUGUUCUACUCAGAUUGUAAAUGUUGUGGAUUUUCUCUCCAACACACCGGUGUGCUGUACUAGCGAUGAAUUGGCAUGUUCUGUUUACGCGACAACCCCUACUAAUUGUCUGCGAUCUAACCCAAAAACUGGCCUAAACGCUCGAAUUAACCAAAAGAGCCGCCAACAAACAGCAUGAGCAAAGGUGUAAUAGAUACUCGUUCACACGUUUCUUGAGAUCGACAAAAGGUUAUAUGGAUUUGGGAAAAGAGACAAUGGGUGGGAAGGGAAUUCCCAAGUUGAGCAGUGCAUGUAAAGAAUGGGCUCAGUGCUGUGACCUCCAGUGUGGUGUCGAACACAGCAUGGUUGAGACAAAAAUAGACUUCUGGUAGAAGGGGGAGGGGUAUAGCGUGGAUUAAACAAAACACGGAUGUCUAGAUUUGAAGCUUUCGUGACUGCAAGGAUUCAUACUCUUUGUUUUUUUCAGUAAAGUCACGUAGGUAAACAAUAAAUUAAAAAGUGAGAAAAUAAAUAAAUAAAAACAAUUCAAUU